AUGGAGAAUUUAGGUGUGACAGUGAAAAGACUUUCCCAAACAAAAUGGAGUGCUCAUUAUGAUGAUGUGAAGCCAGUGAGGACAAAUUUUGAAAAACUGACUUCAGUCCUUGAAAAACUGGGUCAUCCCAGAGAAAAUGUGAACACAAGAGGUUCGGCUCAGAUGUUGCUUUCUGUCGUAUGUGAUUUUUAUUUUUUGUGUUACCUUUCCUUCUAGUGUGAAGUUCUAGAAGACGUUAAUAUCACACAGAAGUAUUUGCAAACAGUGGGACUCACUCUUGAAAAGUGCAUUGUGAAACUACAAGGUCUGAAAGCUUUUCUUGCAGAUCAGCGCAGUGAAAUUGUGGAGAAGGCCAUUUGUUAUGCAACUACUACAUGUGAAGAAGUGGAUAUUUCUAUGGAAAGAAGAGGUUUAGUAAAGCUCCGGAAAACAAUGCCAAGAGAGAAGGCAAAGGACGCUGGUCUCAAAUUGCCAGAGGAAAUGAAAAGGGCUAUCUUUGAAUGCCUUGACCGUUUUCAUCACGAGUUGGAAAUUCGUUCUAAGGCAAUUGAAAAAAUCCUUUCAAUGUUUACUGUUAUUCAGCCAAACACUCUGGUUGUUGCAACAGAGAUAAGAUAUUUGGAAUUAUACUCCAAAAUUGACUGA